UCCGUUAAUUUUCAUCCAGUAACAAAUUUUUGUGAUGCUUCCCGGGCCUCGCGGAUAAAGUCCGCUGAAUGGGUUUUAAGCUGCAACUUACGAUCCAUUCUGCACUUCGCAACAACGUCUUCUACAGACUUCGUGUAGCACGGUAAGGAAAGCCGGUCCAGAUCGUCCGUAUCCGUACAACAAACGACAAGGAUUCCUCAGCAAAUCUAUAUUGAAUCUGUCCGCUACUCUCUCUAAAUUUGCCGUGCGUACCUGCCUUGAAUGUUUCAAAUCAAUUCGAAGACAGGUGAGGCUAUUCGAAACUCACCUCUUGCAUUGGACCCAUCGUUGCUCCAAAUGCUCGGCAUUUUCUUUUUUGCACUUGAAUCUCGUAUUCAAAGCUUAUAAAGGUCAGUUACGACUUAGAGAUAUCCCCACUCCCACUCGAUUCCAAGCAUCAUGUUCAGGACUCAUAUUUCUGUUCUCGAGUCGAGUGCUGCACGUUUCUCUUCUUCGCCUGUGUUCAAAGUGCCCCUUCUGGGUGCACAGACGAAUCAGUUAAGCGAUUGGACGACAAUCACCUAUCGUCAAUUCCAUGAGGAUGUCAUACGAUUCGCCUCUUUCUGGGCCAGAGAGCUUCGACACGAUAAUAUUCCUCAGCGAUCGGUGAUUGGCCUCUGGAUUGGUGGCUACACAUACAUUGACGUUCUUCACAUAUAUGGGCUUUCUAGAGCGGGUUAUAUUCCACAGCUCUUCAGUCUCCGACUCCCAAAUCCUGAGGUCACCUUCGAAUUAUUGGUAAAGGCCAACGCGAAAGCCUUGAUCUUCGAUGAUUCUUUUACUGAUGUCGUACAAAAUUGCCAUGUCCCCAUUUAUCCGGCCAUGAGGAGGGUUGAGAUUGAUGGAAGUGGGCCUGUGCCAGACCUUCCCGUCGUCACGGAACGCGACAUCGCGUUUGUAUUCCAUACAAGUGGCUCGACGUCUGGGAGCCCGAAACUAGUCCCAUGCAAUUACCGCUGGCUGGAUACCACGAUCGCCAAAUCUAGCCAAAUUAGCAUGCCUCGGGAUCCAUCCCGUCAGGAUGUCACUACGUGGAUGGGAAGCAUGUGCCACAUAGGCCAGGAAUUUAUGCUUUUGGGCAGCAUUCAGCAUGGUUCUUGUGUUAUUCAACCUACAACAAUUUCGUUUAGCUCCGAGGAGCUCAUGGAUAUGAUUCAUACUUGUGGUCUCAACAGGUUGAACCAGUUCGCUGCUUUCCUUGCGAUGCAGUUACAAACUUCGCGCAAUCAUCCCAAACUGCUUUCAAUGCUCGCGAACCUAGAUGAAGUGCUCUACUCUGGAAUGCCUCUCGCUCGCUCGGAGCUGGAAUGGGCUUUGCAGAACGAUAUCAAGCUCAGAAAUUUAUUCGGGAGUACAGAAUGCGGAGCUACACUCCUCUCAAUUGGGGGCGCUGGUAGUGACGCGACUCUUCUUCGUACCUUAGAAGGCGUGUCAUAUCAGUUCGUACCUGUCGACUCGGAGGAAUCUGAAGCUGGACAUCAGUCCACGGCACGUUUGCUUGAAUUUGUUGUCUCAUCCGAGUCUGGAGAUUGCCCAGAUCGUUCCCUUUGCGCGUCGGAUGGCCAUUUUCAUACCGGAGAUCUAUUCCAACAAGUAGUUCCCGGCCGCUAUGUAUUUUGUGGACGAGAUGACGACUGGAUCAAGUCGGAAAACAGUCUCCGUUGCGAUACCAAAGCGAUUGAAGACAAUGUCCGGGCUACUUGCGGGAACUUGAUAUCAGAAUGCAUUGUUGUUGGCACAGGUCGUCCCUCUCCCGUCCUGUUCAUUGAACCCGCCAGUGACAUGGACCACGAAAAAUUAAAGAAGGACAUCAUACGAAAAACCCGUCACUUUCAAUCACGGAGAUAUUUACAUGAGAGAAUCACCUCAACCAGAAUGAUUAUGGUGGUGGCUCGAAACACUUUACCCCGAACCUCGACCAAGGGUAACAUUCGCCGUUCGGCAGUGGAAGAGACCUAUCGAUCCCAAUUGGAUGUGAUCUACGAUGUUUCGCGAUAAAAAAACUUUCACACUUGAAAUUCAACACUUAUCUUGAUUAUAUUAUUUACUUGACUGACAUUAUAUACAAGACACCAUAGCUCGGAACGACUGUAAUUAGCUGUAAUACUCGGUAUGAUACUCGCUUCUUUAAAUCACUGUAUCACUAUUUUUAUGUAUCACUAUGUCCUCUGAAUUCUUGCUAUCAAAUACAACCAUAUUCCUUGUCCACUUAUGCUUUUCCCGUUGGUUUCAAGAAUGCUGUUACUUAAUGCUGAGUAAAUCCUGUC